UAUUCAAAACGGAAAGAAAAGUGAAAGAAUCACGUGUCGAUUUUUUCAAAUUGUCUUCUUAAAAACGAUUCAUACCCCCUUGAUUAAAUUUCGUCUGUCGACGAUUAUGAAUAGACAUAGUACCCGGAACUGACACACACACACUACACGACUGAUCUGAUGUAAUUAAGAGUUAAAUAAUAAUUUAAUAGUAGCGAUUUCGUAAUUAUUAAAUUCCAUAAGCCCGAAUUGUAACUCCCAUCGAGUCCCUUUGGCGCAGAGGAUAGCGCGUUGGACUUCUAAUCCAAAGGUCGUGGGUUCGAUCCCCACAAGGGAUGGUUUUACGCAAAAUCGACACGUCAUUAUUUUUUGUUACAUCAUUUUACACACAACACACGAUCUCAGUUACUCCGAAUUCAUAAAAAAAAGAGGAAUAUCAUACGAUCAGUGAACGAGCGAAGAAGAAGAAGAAGAGAGGAGAAUUGAGAAGAUCAUUUUAACACACAAGUACAUCAAAUUUCUUUCGCCUGGACGACCAAGUUAGAAUACGAUCAACAAUACACUGAUUUCAACAAUUCUCGUCGAUCUUCGUGCGAGGAUAAGAAAAAUAUUUGGAUGUUACGAAACAUGGAAUAAAAGCGAGGAAUGAAAAUGGAGACGCUUAGAGAACAGUGGUACCGAUAAAAUUAUAAUUCGAUUGGGAUGUCCAAGAACGUAGUAAAAGUCCUGUCUGCUGGCCGAAUAAGCUAUCAGACUGGCCUGCAUCUGCAGACAAUUCUAUCUAAUCGCCACCGCAUCGAUAAACAAAAUCCUAGCAGCAAUGACACGAAUCGCGACUCUUUAAUACUGUUAGAACAUGAUCCAGUCUAUACGAUUGGAAUUCGUGAUCACACCUAUUCAGACUCGGAGAUCUCGGAAUUAAAAAGCUUGGGUGCUGAGUUUUAUAGGACUAACAGAGGCGGUUUGAUCACGUUUCACGGUCCAGGUCAAUUAACAGGCUACCCUAUUUUAAAUUUAAAGAACUUCGUGAAAAAUGGGAGUAUGAAAUGGUACGUCGGACAAUUGGAGAGUAUGAUAAUUCGCGUGUGCGCUGAACUGGGCCUGAAAGGACAGACCGAUAGCAUUAAUAACGGUGUUUGGGUACGCGGAAAAAAGAUAUGCGCCGUGGGUGUUCACGGUAAGCGAUACGUGACCUCCCACGGGUUUGCCCUUAAUUGCAAUACUGAUUUGCGAUGGUUCGAUCAUAUCGUGCCUUGCGGGUUACAGGGAAAGUGUGUGACUAGCCUCAGUACAGAAUUAGAUAUUAACGUUAACGUCAAUGAUGUUCUACCAUUAGUCAGAACUGCAUUUCAAGACCAGUUCCAAUGCGAACUGAUCGAUUUUACGACCGAGGAGCAAUACAAAUUAUGGAACGAUUGUAUCUCAACAAGAAGUUGUCAAUAAUAAAUUGAAACAGAUCAAUUUGCA